UGUUCUCCGGACUGCGCUCGGCUCCAGCUCCUCUCUGUGACUCAGCCAUGGCAUCGGGCAACAGGGGAUUGGAAAGGGACGACGAUCUUCCAUUUUACUUAGCUCGCCCUGGCACCGCUGACCAAGUGCCCCGAGUGAAGUAUGGAGGGAUGUUCUCCAACGUGGAGGGGGCAUAUGAAAGCAAGACUAUAGAUUUUGACUCUCUAAGUGUGGGGCAGAAGGGUAGCAGAAAGAGCAAUGCUGCACGCCAAGGGGCAAGCACCCAGACUCAGGAGAAGUCCGAGCAGGGCAACAAAGAAGAAGAGAAACAAGGAGUGGAGAUCAAGACCUCUUCUGGGAAGGAGAUCCUGCAGAACCUCAAUGAUGAGAAGAGUGACCGUCUUUUGAUCAAAGGAGGUCGGAUAGUGAAUGAUGACCAGUCUUUCUAUGCUGACAUUUACAUGGAAGAUGGACUCAUCAAGCAGAUUGGAGACAACCUGAUAGUACCAGGUGGUGUGAAAACCAUUGAAGCUAAUGGGAAGAUGGUGAUACCUGGAGGCAUUGAUACACACACUCACUUACAGAUGCCCUAUAGAGGGAUGACCACAGUGGACGAUUUCUUCCAAGGGACUAAAGGCGCUCUCGCUGGGGGAACCACCAUGAUAAUUGACCAUGUGGUCCCAGAGCCAGAGACCAGCGUGAUUGAAGCCUUUGAGAAGUGGAGAGAGUGGGCUGAUGGGAAAGCCUGCUGUGACUACUCUCUCCAUGUUGACAUCACUCAUUGGAACGACAGUGUGAGGCAGGAAGUGGAAACACUUAUCAAGCAAAAAGGUGUUAACUCUUUCAUGGUUUACAUGGCCUAUAAAGAUUUAUAUCAGAUGUCCAACACUGAGCUCUAUGAGAUCUUCACCUUCCUGGGAGCACUGGGUGCAAUUGCUCAGGUUCAUGCUGAGAAUGGAGAUAUUAUUGCUCAGGAGCAACUUAGAAUGUUGGAAAUGGGCAUUACAGGACCAGAGGGCCAUGUUUUGAGUCGGCCAGAGGAGCUGGAAGCAGAAGCUGUUUUCCGUGCCAUUACCAUUGCAAGCCAAACAAACUGUCCACUAUAUGUGACCAAAGUGAUGAGCAAAAGUUCUGUAGACCUCAUUUCCCAAGCCAGGAAAAAAGGAAAUGUUGUAUUUGGUGAACCUAUCACAGCAAGCCUGGGAACAGAUGGAACACACUACUGGAGCAAGAACUGGGCUAAAGCUGCUGCUUUUGUGACCUCUCCACCUCUCAGCCCUGAUCCCACCACCCCAGACUACAUCCACUCUCUUCUGGCUAGCGGUGACCUGCAGGUCUCUGGCAGUGCUCACACUGUUUUCAGCACUGCUCAGAAGGCAAUUGGAAAGGAUAAUUUCACCUUAAUUCCUGAGGGGACAAAUGGUAUUGAAGAAAGAAUGUCCGUCAUCUGGGACAAGGCAGUGGCUACAGGCAAAAUGGAUGAAAACCAAUUUGUUGCUGUCACUAGUACCAAUGCUGCCAAGAUCUUUAACCUCUACCCCAGGAAAGGGAGAAUAGCUGUGGGCUCAGACAGUGACUUGGUUAUCUGGGAUCCCGAUGCAGUGAAAAUCAUUUCUGCCAAAAGCCAUCAAUCUGCUGCAGAGUAUAAUAUCUUUGAAGGCAUGGAGCUCCGAGGAGCACCACUUGUGGUAAUCUGCCAAGGCAAGAUCAUGUUGGAGGAUGGCACCCUUCAUGCCACCCAAGGAACAGGGCGCUUCAUUCCUUGCACUCCUUUCCCUGACUAUGUCUACAAGAGAAUCAAAGCCAGGACUAAGAUUGCAGACCUCCAUGCCGUUCCUCGGGGUAUGUAUGAUGGCCCGGUCUUUGAUUUGUCAUCAACUCCCAAGGCUGGCAUUCCUGCAGGGUCUGCCAAAGGUUCUCCAACAAGGCAGACUGUACCAGUUCGAAACUUGCACCACUCUGCAUUUAGUCUUGGUGGAAACCAGGGAGACGAGAGCGGCGUUCGUUCUGCAAGCAGGAGAAUCGUAAAUCCCCCCGGUGGACGUUCUAAUAUAACAUCUCUCAGCUAAACAGCCAAGUUACCUAAAUGAGUGGGAAAACCAAAAUGGUACAAUUGGUAUUUGAGACAGGCAAAAAAA